CCUUUUCCUGUGACCAUAACCUUAAAAUCUUGGUUUUCAGCGUGCUGCAAAUAUAAGUUAGUCAUUUGUACAGUGGAUCCUGUUUUAUUUGGAAAAAUCUUGCAGUUGUAAUUCAUCGUUUAACAAUGGAGUACACUGUGGGUAGUUUGGCUGAACUUAUUUCAGGCAACAAGUCUGACAAUCAAACGAAACUGGUACAAAGACCAUUUAAGAUGCUUACAAAAACCGAUCUAGAUUCUGCUAACGUUGGUAAGAACACAUUGCGUUCCAAAAAUCACUCUGAUGAAACGUCGGAACCAAAUGUACCAAGCAAUAGAAGAAAGAAACAUAAAAUAGUAAGCGAUGUAUCUAAAAAAACAAUAAAAAAGGUGAAAGUUGAAACUCCUCAAGUUCAGAAGAUAGAGUCAAGGGCAUUUAGAGGAAACUUGGGACGAAAGCGAAAAGGUGACCAAGAAAAAACUGAUGCGAAUGCAGAUGAUAAUUCGGCAGACUCAUUUAAGAAGCCAAAACUUGUUACAAAUGAAGUCAGUGCGGCAAAUCGCAUCAAAAACAAAUUUAAUCAGGAAAUCAAGAGUUCUAGCGAGUAUAAGGACAAAACUUUAUUUGUGGGAAAUCUGCCAAUUUCGGUAUCAAAAGAUAAAAUUAAGAAGCAUUUUAAAAAGUAUGGAGCUAUAGAUAGCUUAAGAAUUAGAGGCAUAGCUGUUGCUGAUAUUAAGACAUCAAAAAAGGUGGCAGCAUUGAAAAAGGAGUUUCAUCCGGAUAGGAAUUCGGUUUGCGCUUUUAUAAGGUUUAAAGAGUCUGAAGAUGCGAAAAAAGCUGAAGCUGAAAAUGGUGUUCUUUUCUAUGAUCAUCACCUGAGAGUGCAGUUUUGCGAAUCAGAUGCAAAACCUGACGAAUCAAAGGCAGUUUUUAUUGGAAAUCUUCCAUUUACAGCUGAAGAUGAAGAACUCUGGGACUUAUUCAAGAUUUGUGGACCGAUAUCGCAUGUUCGUAUUGUAAGAGACGGGCGAACUGGUAUUGGUAAAGGAUUUGGUUAUGUCAAUUUUAAAGACAGUGAUUCAGUACAAUUCGCAUUGGAAAGAGAAACAUUCACUCUGAAAGAUAGAGAGCUCAGAGUGUCAUUAUGUGAAGCUAAUAGAGCCAAAAAACAAUCGAAAAAGAAGCUAAGGAGUAAAGCAGGAAAGCCUAUUUUGAAGGGCAAACAAAAUGAUGAUACGCAACCCGCUGAACCAAAAGUUAAAGGGAAUGCAAAUACAGGCUCAUUCGCUGGAACAAAAUUCGAUGAUAUGAAAAAGAAAAAGAAGUUGGGAAAAGGUAGUAGGAGCAGCUUGGAAAAGAAAAACCUUGCUAAACAGCUUUCUGUUUCGAAAAUACAGCGUAAUUUAGAUGUUUAACAAUUGAUAUUGUUCUUAAUAAAGCAUUUACUUGACAA